AUGACCGGCGAACAAUUUGUUGAAGUUCUCGCUACGGGGCCACAGAAGGCAAUCUAUGAGCCCCGUCGCUUUGCGAUUUUGCUGCUUGGAUCCUAUGGCUGUAUCUGCUCAUCUCUGAGCUACGCCUUCAAUCUCAUUGCGCCGGAGAUGCAGUCGCGUUACGACCUUACUGGGCGCGAUAUCUCGACCAUCAGCACGGUGGGUUUGGUGGUUGGCUACUUUCUUAUGCCAUAUGGCUUCAUUUUUGAUCACUUUGGUCCCAAACCGAUUUUCAUACUGAGCAUGGUGCUGUUUCCUCUCGGGGCGCUGCUGUUUGCGCUGUCAUUUCGCGGGACAAUUGAGGGCUCUGUGGUGCGUCUAAGCGUUUUCAACGCCAUUCUGACACUCGGAUGCACGCUGUAUGACGUAGUAUACAUGAUGACGAUCAUGAGCCAUUUCCCGAUCAGCAAGGGCCCUGUCGUGGCCAUUUUGAAGUCGUACAUCGGACUGGGCUCCGCCAUUGUGGGAAGCAUCCAGCUGGCCUUUUUUGACGGGAGGCCGGACCACUACUUCUAUUUUCUGAUGGUGCUGUUUUUUGUGACUGGAGCUGCGGGUUUCUUCCUUGUGCCACUCCCGUCGUACCACCUGACUGGCUAUGAGGAGAAACACCUGGCAUCGAGAAAA